AACAUGAAGACCGUCAGCUUUUCAGGUUGCUUCCUGCAGAUGUUCAUCAUGAAUACCUUCCUCCCCAUGGAAUCUUCCACCUUUCUGGUCAUGGCCUAUGAUCGCUAUGUGGCCAUCUGCCACCCACUGCGCUACUCCUCCAUCAUCACAGAGCAGUUUGUCAUCAAUGCAGCCAUCUUCAUUGUCUUCCGCAAUCUGCUAGGCACACUGCCUACUCCAGUCCUGGCUGCUAGGCUCAACUACUGUGCCAGCAAUGUGGUGGAGAACUGUAUAUGUGCCAACAUUUCUGUAAUCAAGCUCUCCUGUGGGGAUAUUCACCUCAAUAAGCUCUAUCAAUUUGUGAGUGUUUGGUGCCUUCUAGGUUCUGACCUGGUGCUCAUCUUGCUGUCUUACUGCUUCAUUUUGAGGGCUCUUAUAAGCUUGCAGUCAGGAGGUGCAACCACCAAGACUUUGAGUACUUGUGGUUCACAUCUCAUUCUUAUACUUUUCUUCUAUACACUGCUGCUAGUCUUCAUCUUCACAAACAAGGCAGGAAAGAAGAUACCCUCAGAGGUACCUAUUCUUCUCAAUGUCCUGGGUCACCUCAUCCCACCAGCCCUCAACCGCAUUGUUUAUGGAGUUCGUACCCAGGAAAUUAAGCAGGGGAUCAUCAAAUUAUUCAAAUCCUGGUCUUGA